AUGGCACCUUCGAUUACUCACACCGAACUCGAAGAUGGAAAACCCCGCCAAUCUGGGCCCUCCAUGGAUGUCAGCUCUUUCGGAUGGGACUACAUGCGUUCUGCACCUCCUUCCCGUCGGCCUUCUUUUGGCACAACCAUCUCCGACGAGUACGAAAAUAUAGCAUCCGGCGCCGCGACGCCUACACCUCUGCUUGGAAAGCCGGCUCUGUCUCGCAACCACACCUACAAUGGAGAAUCCCUUGACAGAGUCUACGAACUACAGGACUUGCAUCAGACUCAUAGCCACAUGGGCGACGCUCUGCAGAAUCUGGCCUUGGCUAUAACGGAUACGAGCCACGCCGAGGAAGGGCAGAACCAACUUGAGAGAACUCUGAGUCGGAGGCUGACGCCGGCUUUUCCAGACGGGAGGAGACCUUCCCAUCUACCUAGUCGGUAUGAGGAAGAAGGUAGCCCAACGGGGCCAAGGAAGUCGCAGGGUGUACCGCCUGAACUGAGGAACCUCACAGCUGAAAUCGUCUUUGUUACGGUUUGUUCUGCGGGCCAGUUGCUCUUCGCGUUCUUCAUGGGCGAUGUCAAUGUCAAUCAGCAAGCUUUCAAAACUAUACUGGGACUGGAGCAGGGACAACUUCCCUGGCUUGUGGGCUCUUUCUUAACCGCCCUUGGUCUGAGCGUUAUCCUUUCUGGAUCCUUGACGGAUUUGUUGCCGCCUAAGCUUCUCAUCGUGGGAGCUUUCGUCUGGCUGACGAUUUGGAACAUCAUCGGAGUCUUCAGUUUGACUCCAUCCAGAUCGAUUCUCUUCUUCAUCAUGCGCGCUAUGCAAGGCCUGGCUGUUGGGAUCUUGGUCUCGGGGAGUAUGUCGAUUCUUGGCCGCGUUUACAACCCAGGACAGCGCAAGACUCGCGUCUUCAGUGCAAUGGCAGCUGGCGCACCCUUUGGAUUCUGGCUCGGCGCCUUGCAGGGAGGCGCUCUGUCUUCGAGACUCGACUGGAUCUUUGGAAGCAACGCUAUUAUCUGCGGUCUCUGCGCGCUUGCCGCCUACGUCGUCAUCCCAUCUCUGCGGCCCGUCGCGGACAAUGCAGGAGCCGAAGCGCCUACGCUGAGGUCGUUCGACUGGAAAGGGGCCAUCUGCGCGACUGCAGGGUGCAUAUGUCUCCUGUUCGGGCUUACGCAGGGAUCUGUCGCCGAAUGGUCCCCUUACACAUACUCCCUCAUCAUCGCGGGCGUCCUGAUCCUCAUCUUCUUCUUCUGGCUCGAAACCAAGGUCCGUCGACCUCUGGUCCCAGCAAGACUCUGGAAGACACCCGGCUUCGCGCCCCUCAUGUUGGCCUACUUCCUCGGGUUCGGCGGCUUCGUCGGCGCCUGGCAAUUCUAUGCCGUGCAAUUCUUCCUCACCCAGCAAAAAGUCUCCUCGAUGACCGUGGCGCUCUACCUCCUCCCCAACGCCAUCAUGGGCGUCCUGGCGACUUUCAUCGUCUCACGCCUCAUGCACCGCAUCCCGGGACACUACAUCUUCCUCGCAUCGCAGUUCUUCUUCGCCCUCGGACCGGCUUUCUUCUUGCCACAGAAGCCCUCGACGAGUUACUUUGCACUUUCCAUGCCGGGGAUCGGUCUGGCGACUUUUGGACCGGAUCUCAGUUUUGCGGCAGCUAGCAUCUACAUCACUUCUUCCGUGGCGAGGAGUCAUCAGGGUUCCGCGGGGAGUCUGCUGGUCACGAUUCAGAAUCUGAGCAGUGCGAUCAUGACGAGCGUGGCGGACAGUAUUGCCGCCAAAGUCGAUGGGAAUGCGCAAGGCGAAGUCGGCUUGGAAGGCUUGAGGGCUGCUUGGUGGUUGGCACUUGGGGCGGCUGUGGUUGGGGGUGUGGUUACCGCUGUGUGGGUCAGGAUUCCCAAGGAAGAAGAGAAGGAUCAUGUUGCUUAG